AUGACUGAAUACAAAUUGGUAAUUGUUGGUGGUGGUGGUGUCGGUAAAUCUGCUUUGACCAUUCAGUUGAUUCAGAAUCACUUUAUCGAUGAGUACGAUCCAACCAUCGAGGAUUCCUACAGAAAGCAAGUUACCAUCGACGACGAAACCUGUUUGCUCGAUAUCUUGGACACUGCCGGUCAGGAGGAGUACUCUGCCAUGCGUGAUCAAUACAUGAGAACCGGUCAAGGUUUCCUCUGUGUCUAUGCGAUCACUUCGCGUUCGUCGUUCGAUGAGAUCGCCGCUUUCCGUGAACAGAUUCUCAGAGUCAAGGAUAAGGACAGAGUUCCAAUGAUCGUCGUCGGUAACAAGUGCGAUUUGGAGUCGGAACGUCAAGUGACCACCGGUGAAGGUCAAGAUUUGGCCAAGUCAUUCGGAUGUCCAUUCCUCGAGACCUCUGCCAAGAUCCGUGUCAACGUAGAAGAAGGUUUCUACACUUUGGUUCGUGAGAUCAGAAAAGACUUGAAGGGUGACACCAAGCCAGUCAAGGCAAACAAGAAGAAGUCACUCAUGAAGGGAUGUUCACUUCUCUAA